UCCUGGUACUGACCUCUGCUACCCUCCAUUGCUUGAUUUGUCAGGUGUUUCUGCACACCCGCCUCAGCAACUUGGGUGAGAAGCAAGGAUGCUGCCCAGGCCGGGCACUUACUAUUUCCCCUGGGAGGUCAGCGCCGGCCGCGUCCCGGAUGGAGCUUCGCUGCGCACAUUUGGCCGGUUGAGCGACUACGACGUGGCCCAGUCCCGCGUGACGCUGCUGGCCCAGCGCGGAUCCACGCAGCACCACGUCCCCGUCUGUACCAGGUUGGUGGAGCCGUUCCAAGCCCAGGUGGGCUUCCUGUACCUGGUCCUGGGGGAGCUGGAGCUGCAGCAGGGUGGAGGCGCCCUGGUGAAGGCGCGGGUGCUGACCUGCGUGGAAGGAAUGAACCUGUCUCUGUUGGAACAAGCCAUCCGGGCGCAGAGGCUGCACCAGCGAGCCAGGGCCCGCGGCCAGCGGGGCGAGGCAGCCGCUGGGCUCGCAUUCCCUGGCCAUGCGGGCGCCAUGGACACCGGGGCCUCCCCGAGUGAGCGCCCUGCUGAAGCUGGAGAGUAGCGGUUGCUUAUUCGGGCCGUCUCACCCGAGGAUCUCGACCCUCCACUCCCCUUGCCAGGAGCCUCAAGAGACUGACCCCAGGGGUGCUGGGGCUGUGCCUCGGGGCGGCCAUGGAAUAUUCCAGAAGGUGCUGCUGAUGGCUCUCCCUGUGGCGCAGCAGGUGGUGACACAACACUGCAAGCCAGCCACAGCCGCUUCGAUGGGAUUUCAA